UUACUUCACUACUACUUUAUUUCGACAAGAAGACAAGUUGUUUUGUAGUAGUUUUUGAAAAGACAACUCUUACACAAAAAUGCCUCUUCCAGCGGCGCUCCAGGCACGAUUGAUGAAGAGAGGGAUUGUUCCUAAAGGUGAAUCAAGUAAAGAAGAAAAGACAGAUUCUUCUGGCCAGUGUAAAGGAUGCCCUAAUACUACCAAUCCAUAUCAUGAGUGCUCUGAGUACUGCCAUAAGAGAUACGGGCGUGGUGCUGUUGACCAUACUCAAGCACCACACAUCAAGGACUAUAGUCACGUUCCGCUUCCUCCAAACUGGUAUUUUAUUCCAGAUCCUGCAGGGGGACGGCACUAUUAUUGGAACACAAGUACAAAUCAGGUCUCAUGGCUGCACCCUAUGGAUCCAGCUGCAGAGAUCACGCUACCUGCAUCAGUACUCAACAAAACCAACAAUGAUAUCGCACCAAACAGAGAGAUUCCGACCCCUUUAUCAAGCCAAGACUCCGGUGGACUCAGCAUAGGAAGACAUCCAAGCCUAAUGAAGGGAAGUCAGAAAAGACAAGAAGCCGCUGUCAAACGAAAACUAAGUGAUCGAGAACAAAAACUAGAAAGCAAACGUGGUAAAUCAGAUGCUGUGGACCCCAUGGAUCCGUCUUCUUACUCAGAUGCCCCAAGGGGUGACUGGAGUUCUGGCCUGCACCAAAAGGGUGACGCAAAGACAGGAGUUGAUGUGACCGCAAAUGGGCCGUUGUUCCAGCAGCGGCCGUACCCCAGCCCUGGGGCAAUCCUACGUGCAAACAAACAGAUGCAAGCAGCAGAAUAGACCUCCAAACAAAUGUUAAAGAUAGGAGAAUCUAGUUCAUUGUGUAAGACUUGGAUACUUGAGCUCAGAACUCUCUGUAGGGCUGAGGUCAAAACGUACUUAGUAGCAUGACACAAGCACAUAUAGGACUAGAAACAAGGCGCGAUACAGAAUGUUUGACAAGGUCUUUUAGAUAAAGAUAGCCAAUAAUUUUUAUUAAGAUGGGAUUGAGAUCAAUGAAAAGCAGCCGAAUGCGGACAGCGAAGUUUGCUAGUUCCUCUUCGCCGAAGGAGGGCGGGGAAUUUCGAAAAUGGCAUUCAUAUCUGGUUUAUAAGGCUACCAAUCUGAGUUUCUCGUGGCUUAAAUGAGUCCAGAUUUCACGUAGGAAUGCAUACCUAUGUUAGUUACAUAAGCUGUUGGUAUUUUAAGUUUGGUGGAUCGUGCAUACCGACGAUUUGCGGUAUUCUUGCUAAAGAAAUUAGAAAUAUGGAAGUAUUUUUUAAAUUCAAGUCUCAGAACAAUGUGAUGUAUAUUUGCUAAUGUUGCUGGUAAUAUAUUGACGUUUACCAUA